AUGAGUUGGGAGCUAGACACACAAGACAUCAACGAGCUCUUCCGUGUCAUUGGGCGCUCACAGCGACGCUCGCCUGGUUCAGGUCCCAGGGUUGCUGCGAAGUGGGAACGCCAGUACGGUACCAUCGUCCGCCUUGCUGCAGCCCAUGUUGUGUCUCGCGAGGAGUUUGAGUGUCUACUCACUAUUGCGUCUCCACACACCAACGGGCGCGUGUUCUACCCAUUUCAUGUAACCACACGGGCACAAGCCGAAGCCAUGCUGUGGGAUUGGUACCAUAAUGAGCUUGUGGCUCACAGGAUGCUGAAGACUAUGCGUGUGUCCUGCAACAGGCACGCAGAAGGCCAAGGUCUUGGUGAGGCAGACAUGACUCCCGAGAUCCUGGUCUUUUGGAUGGUGGCCCAUUUCUGUCGGGUCAUUGUGGGCAUCAAAGCGAGUCACCCCGAGUGGACACAGGACAAUAUCCUUUGGUUCCAUGGCGACAGGCAGCAUCGUCCCAUCGUGCCGUGGGUUCAAAAUAUUCUGUGUGCGUCACUGUGCAAGGGUCCAGAUCACGGUAUUGCGAUGAAGUUCGGCAUUACCGAGGGCGUCCCGCCCACAGAGUUCGACCCAGUCACACACAUCAACAUGGGUUUGUGCACUGUUACGAUUGACACGAUUGCCACCAAUGUGGCUAUGUGGAAUUAUGAAGCAAAAAGCUGGCCUAGUGUCCUUGAGUACGUUGCGUCUGUGCCUGUGCACCAUCCACUCUGGCGUAUAGAUGAAGCGGCUGGCCUCGGGAUAUGGCGCGGUGCUACUUACGCUGGUGUGACUCCCAUCAUGCCAGCCGCCGAGUUUGACAUGGGGCCACUGGUGCCCAUUGGUGCAUGGUUCGCGGACGCACCGCUUCGCCCUCAAUGCCACCUAUGUGGUACCAACUUCACAAGCAUCGGUGUCCUGGUGCAGCACUGUCACGCUAGACAUCCCAUCGGCGACACACCGGCGCACAACGUCCGUCAGAAUACCGCUGGCCAAGACGCAAUGGAGGCGGAGUAUUGGGUAAAUACUCUCCAGUGUCUCGAGUCUGGGUGCGACAACACCAAGGUGUAUGCAACAAAAUAUGACCUCGCUGAGCACAAACGCCUCCACGCUGGUGGCGAGCUCCCUUGCAAGUGGCCUGAGUGUGGCCAGAUCUUUUCCCACCAUGAGCUUUUGUCAAAGCACAUGAGAAUCCAUGAGGAGACACAUAAGUGUACUACUGAUGUGUGUCUCCGUGCGCGUGUGUGA